AACGCACCCAGCAAGCAAAACGUACAUGGAGGAAGCCAGCCAGCAAGCAAGGAACCAUGCGUUGUGCAGAGAAAGGAACAUAGCUGCCGACCGCCGUGGUGCCUCACAACAGUUAACACUACACUCCUAAGUCCUGCCGCCCUCCGCCUCGCGAUUGCAUUUCCUGCCGGCCCCUGUUCGAUCUGAGGGCGAGCACUCAUCAAUGGAAUGAUGGGUUAGAUCGACGCGCCUUCCGUUAAUUAAUUCCUCCAUGGUCUUUGGAGUUUGGAACAGGUGUUGAUCGAACCAGCGAAUUCAUGGGUUAGAUCGGCGUUCGUGCGCGUAUUUCCUGUCUGUUGUUGGUCUUCUAAGGCAAGAGGGAUCUCAUCAUGGAAAGAUGGUAUAUUGGCGAAAGAGAUGUUGAUGGCGCCAGAAAGGAGAUACUUGAGCGUAUCCGGCACGAGAGUGACAAAAAGGUCUUCUAUUUUAAUGGUUGGAGUGGCUUUGGGGCGGCGCCUGUUCUCAGAUCCAUAGAGCAAGAACUUCGGUCAAUCAAAGCCAAGAAAAAUCCUUCAAGACUAUGCUUUGACACAAUAAUUUACAUAGAUUGCUCAGCAUGGGAAAGUAGAAGGGUGAUGCAGAGGAAAAUCGCAGAGGAGCUAAAACUAGACCCUGAAACAGUGCUGGCCACGUUUGACAAGCAGGAUGAAGAGGAUGACUUCAAUGGUGUGGACCUUGGCUCUAGGGAUGUGAUUCCUAGUGUUUCGCAAGUGAUUUACCAAACCCUGGAUAAAAGAAAAUUUGUGAUGGUUUUCCUUAAUGGAAGUGAUGAUGAGGUUGAUUUACAUAAGUUUGGUAUUAUCGCUGAUGAUUAUUGCGACCACGUAAUAGUAUGGGCAUUCAAAAGACGGUCUUUGACUAUACAUGAACACCGUGAUGAGAUAUCAAGCAAGCUAAGAUACACCCACCUUUUUCUCUAUGAUUAUUUGUCAGAUAACCAAUUAAGUACUUCAGAGUUUCAUGCACUGCUGCAUGAAGAAGCAGCUAACAUAGUUGCUCGCCACCCAUGGAUGCAAGGCGUCGAUCCAACAAUGGUAAUGGAGUGUUGCCUGUACGAGUUGUUCUUGCAAUAUAGUUUUCACAGGGCCACGGGAUUUGAUUGGGUGGCUCAUUCUCCAAACUACUGGAUGUGUGAUGGGAUAAUUAAGAGAGAUGGAACAAGGGAGAUUACUGAUGCAUUGCAUCAGGAAAUACAUUGGGAGUGUGAUGAUACUUCUCUGUUUGAUGAAGUGUUUGAAAAACUCAUGGAAGACCCAGAGGCUCCAUUUUUGGUGGUCAAGAAGGAUGGUAUUUCUUACUCUAGAGAGAGCCCAUGUUGUCGUUGGAUUUGUAUGACCUCAAAGAAUCUGACAAUACAAGAAGAUACAAAAGCUAUAUUGGAAAGGGCAUCGUCUUUAUUCGUAGCACUUGACAAGUCUGAGAACCCACAAGACUCACCAAAUGUGUUUCUUAAACACUGCUGCAACCUUGGCGUGCUAAUUCUCUCUCAUUGCAGCUUCAGUUUUAUGUCACCUCCUUUCCUCCAGUGUGAGGGAUUGAGAUUCCUCGGAUUGGAUCACUGCACACAUGACAACAGAAGUGAAGGUGCAGGGAACAAUGCAAACUGGGUGUGUCUACAAAGCCUAUGGGUGCUUGACUUACGUUACACAGAAUGGGAUGCUAUCUUAUCUGAAGAAAAUAUGGAUAUCAUGACUAACCUCAGGGAGCUAAAUAUUGAGGGAUUCAUGUGUUGUCAGUUAAUAAGUGGUAGAUUACAGGGAAGGUUGCGUUACCUCCAAAAGCUUCGGAUAAUCAAACCCACUCAUAAAGCAGAGACGACAUCAAAAGAUUGCAACAACUCAUUCGUGGACAAAAUAGAUCUGGAAAUACUUGAUUUGUCAGGUAACAGAGACAUGGAAAAUCUGCCAGCAAACUUAUCAAUGGCAAAGAGCCUCCAGAUGCUUAUCCUUGAUGGUUGCGACGGGUUAGAGAAUGUUGCUGUGCCAGACGGGCUUCCCUCUUCCCUAAGAUCAUUUAGUUUUGAUGGAUAUGGACCGGCGACCAAAUGGAUGUCAUCCUUUAAGCUGCCCCAAGAAUUUUCCGAACCGAAGCAGCCGCAUGAUGCAGAUAAAAGAGAUGCCAAAACCUCCAAGAUAUCCCUACAAGGCUGCACGCAAUUGGAGAAUUUGUUUGUACGCGGACUACCUAAUCUUGUGGAGCUAGACCUCUCAGGAAGUGCAAUCAAGGUACUUGACCUCAAAACUAUGGUGGUAGAUGUCCCAGAACUCAAGCGGCUCUUUUUGCUAGGUUGUGAGAACCUCCGUGCAAUAAUUUGGGGAUCAUCAGAUGAGCUAAAGCUGGAAGAGGUGUGCAUAGACACACGAGCUAAGAGGACACUUGGACUUACUCGGCCGUCCCUUGCCCAGCAUAAGCAUUUCCGCUUGCAGUUGCAUGCUGUUCUCGCAGACGCGAGGCUCGGCAGGUCCUUGUUUCGCCUGCUGUAUGAUCAAUAUUAUUCGAUUGCAAGAGAUAUUUAUUUCAAUAUCCAUGUCACCUCUUCAGUUGAGUACGGUGGGGGUGUUGGGCUCGAAACGACAAUCAAGGAGAAGACUGCAGGACCUAGUGAUGGUCCCCAGCACCAUGUUCUAGCGAGUCCGUAUGGUGAUGUAACCACCAAGAUCGGCAACAAUAAUGUCCCAAUGCUGGUGUUUCCACAGCCCCCGGCUCAACGGUCAGAUCAUCAUAUUGAGAUUAGUAACGAGAGCCGAAGCUUGGGUACUGAACUGGGGGCAGGUGGCCGUACUUUAGGUUGGCUAACAAUACGCUACGCCGAAUCCCUGCACGUCCAUGAUGCCGCAACCAGCAGUAGCAUGCCCUCGGGAUACUGGGAUCGCCUUAUGUGGUGCCACGUGGAGAGGUGCCCCAACUUGGAUACCAUCUUCCCUGGAAUCCCUGCAGAGGCGUUCGGUGGACAUCAACUACAGACCAUCUGGGCAUCAGAUCUCCAGAUGGCCCGAUGCAUUUGGAGCCAAGGUGUCAGAGGCCACUAUGCUUCCUUCCAAAAUCUGCAGCACCUGCACCUGCGUUCCUGCCCGAGGCUCCAGUUCGCGCUGCCGGUGUGGGUCCCCUCCUUCCCCAGCCUGAAGACCCUCCACAUCAUCCACUGCGGCGACCUCACGCACGUCUUCGUGCUGGACGAAAAGUACCCGGAGGAGAUAGUCGCCCGCGGCGUACCGUUCCCGAAGCUGACCACCAUCCACCUGCACGACCUGCCGAAGCUGCGGCAGAUAUCUGAGGUCAAGAUGCUCGCGCCGGCGCUCAAGACCAUCAGGAUAAGGGGGUGUUUCGGCCUGCGCCGGCUGCCGGUCUUGCAGGGCCGCGAGCCCGGCGUGAAGAGGCCGGCCGUGGAGAUGGAGAAGGACGUGUGGGACGCGCUGGAGUGGGACGGGCUCGCCGCCGGCCACCACCCCAGCCUCUUCGAGCCGCCCGUGCACUCGCGCUACUACAGGAUGAGGCGCCUCCUCAGGGGCACCGUUCUCAGGUGAAUCCUGAACCGUGCGUCCACACUACUGCCGCUGCUGCCACGGGAGAUGGGAGACUCGUUCGCCCUCUACGAUGGACGCUGGUCGGGCAGGAUUGCUGGCUUGCUGUGAUGAUACUGAUGAUGCUGCUGCAGGCUGCACAGCUGCCUUUGGUUGUGUUUGUUGUUGACAAGGGCAGGGGCCUCAGGUUGGCUUCCUGCUUGCGCUGCGCCGUCGAUGGCCGAGUUGGCCUAGCGGUUGCCAAGUGCUUUGGAAUAAAAAUGCCACCGGGCUUUCUGCCUGCGCGCGUGUUGCGCUCAGACGGUCAGACACCGGCCGGCGUGUGUGCUCGAGUCGAGUGUGUGGCUUGCGAUUGGAUCCGAGACAAUGAAGCAGCAGCAGUAGCUGGGUCUGGGUGUGUGCUGCUCAACUGCUGUGUGCGUGUGUUUGAUGUUGUGUGGCUUGAUGAGUGCCUGCUACUCCGUUUGAAACGGAGUGGUGAGCUAAUAAGCAGCAGCUGCGUGUGUGCACGCGCGCAGGCGCCUGUUGUGGAUGCACUGAGUUUGCUUGCUAUGUAAUGUUUGAUGAACCAAGAGACAGCUGGUUUGUGUGCCUGAUGCUGGCUGCUGUGAUUUGUGAACCAUUUAUUGAGCUUCAAUAUAUGGUGUUUGUGGUGUGUGCAUUA